AUGUCCGAGAAUGACAAAGAUGAAACCGUUUAUUACGAAGAAAAGUUUUUUAUGGAAAUGCCAACCAAUGACAGUGGUGACCGGCAGAUUUUGUCAACUACUACAACUUGUACCAAAGACAUUACCAGAGGAGAUGAUUCGGAUGCACAAGGACUUGCUAUAUACGGUGGUGACGUAGCAACAGAGAGCUCAUGCAAACGGGAAGGACAUGUAUGCACGGAUGACUCUAUUUGCAGUACACAGGAUAAUGAUGAACUAACACAAUCUUCUAAACCAAAUGUGGAUACCAUUGAAAGAGAUACUUUAGAAUGUGCUCUAGACCUUUGCAGUCCUGAUCUGGCACUGCUGGAGUCGUCUUUCAAAAUCGAAGAGGGAGUGAGAAAGAACACAUACAGAGCUACCAAUGGAUCCAUUUUAACCUCAAUCUCCCAAGACAAGACAUCAAUUUGGAGAUCAGAAUCUGGAGAACGGUGUAUACUGGUACAGCAUUACGUUAAAGGCGAAUCGAGUCUCCUUGCUCUAUACAUUGACAAUGGUAUAAUUCCAGAACAUCGAUUCUUUGAAAAGAACGCAGAUGGCGAAUGGAAAAGACUCUUAGAGAAUGAUUUCUUUGCAAAACUUGCCGAGAUGAAAAGAGGAACGAAUGGUCUGGUCGCCCAGCAAGAUUCUUCAGGUCCAUAG